UGAACGGGAAUGCUCAUGCGCUAGAAAACGGAAGUAGGAAUGUUUAUUUCCUGUUGGUAUAAAAUUCACAAUGAAUUUGGAAUUAUUAGAGUCGUUUGGACAGAAUCACCCGGAGGAGUUUGAUGGUACGUUAGAUUGUGUCAGUAUUGCUAUAACUUGUGCCUUUAACAGACAUGGUACCUUAUUAGCUGUUGGCUGUAACGAUGGACGUAUUGUUAUCUGGGAUUUCCUGACAAGAGGUAUCGCUAAAGUUAUCAACGCCCAUGUACAUCCCGUUUGUUCAUUAAGUUGGAGUCGAGAUGGACACAAGUUAUUAACAGCAGCAACAGAUAAUACCGUAUCACUAUGGACAAUAAUGACCGGUGAAAGUGAUAAGAUAUUCAGAUUUCCUUCACCAGUUUUAAAAGUACAGUUUCAUCCUAGAGAUAGUACCCGAUUUAUUGUUUGUCCCAUGAAACAUGCAGCUGUUUUAAUGAACAUUAACGGAACGCACCAGAUUAUCCCCCUUGAUGAUGAUUCUGAUUUGAAUAUUGUGGCUUCUUUUGAUAGAAGAGGAAAAUAUAUAUACACUGGUAAUGCUAAAGGAAGGAUUUUGGUAUUUACGAUAAAGAAGCUAGAUAUGGUUGCAUCGUUUAAAGUAACAACAGGAACAUUAAAUACAACAGCGAUAAAAUCAAUAGAAUUUGCGAGACGUGGAAAUUGUUUUUUGGUGAAUUCUGCUGAUCGUAUUAUUCGUGUUUAUGAGAGUGGAGAGAUUCUGGCGUGUGGUCGUGGUGGAGAACCAGAGCCAAUACAAAAACUACAAGAUUUAGUCAACAAAACUUUAUGGAAGAAAUGUUGUUUUUCUGGUGAUGGUGAAUACAUCGUAGCAGGAUCAGCACGGCAACAUUCUCUGUAUAUCUGGGAGAAAGGAGUGGGAAAUCUUGUUAAAAUUUUACAUGGAACAAAAGGAGAACUUCUCUUAGAUGUUGUGUGGCAUCCUGUACGACCUAUAAUAGUAUCUAUAUCAAGUGGCCUAGUUUCUAUCUGGGCUCAAAAUCAAGUUGAGAAUUGGUCAGCCUUUGCUCCUGAUUUUAAAGAAUUAGAUGAGAAUGUAGAAUACGAGGAACAUGAAUCCGAGUUUGAUCUUGAAGAUGAAGAUAAAGAAAAAGAAGAAAAUCAAAAUGGUAAGGAGGAAGAGGAUUAUGAAGUAGACGUUACAACAGUUGAACCAAUUCAAGCAUUUGUUAGCAGUGAUGAAGAAAGUGAAGAUAACUCAGCAUUACUAUAUUUACACGUUUCACCUGAAAUAGAGGAACCAGAAGAAGGCUGGGCAGUACAUACAGAUUUGAGAAAACCGGCUACAGUGACCACACGGCCACCAGAAGAAACACCCAUGAAUGAAAAGAAGAGAGGUCACUCCAAUUCUGACGUUUCACCAUCUCCUAAAAAGAAGAAAACCAAAUCUUUAGAUAUUGAUCUACCCGGGGCUCCUCUAGAUGAGAUUCAUCCAUUACUGAACGUAAAGAAACCCAAUGAGAAAGGACAAUCGAAAAAAUCAAAUCGUUCACAGAAACCUCGACAGAAAUCAGAUAAAUCCAAACACAAAGAAUAUUAUUGAAUUGUGUUUAAAGUGAGAAUGUAAAGAGACGAGUAUGACAAAGAGACGGAGAAGAGCAACGUUUGAUAAAUAUAAUACAGGCAUGAGUGCGUGACUUUAGUAGUGAAGAGUGAAUAUAGAAUGAAAACAAAGACUACUUCUCGUGUGGUGUUUGUUUGUUAAAGCUGUUGUGUCUUCAUUGAAGAAAAACUUGUUAUGUGUGUGAAGAGACAUAUUAUCACUUGUUGGGUUUUUUUUUUUCAAGUUGUGAUAAAGGUGCUAUGGUUUGUUGCUGAUCUGUGGAGUGAGAGUGGGCAACCAGGACUGGAUUAAAACAUUGUGGGUUACAGAAUCAGUCGUAUGGUUUGUUGCUGAUCUGGGGAGUGAGACUGGGCAACCAAAACUUGAUUAAAACAUUGUGGACUAUAGAAUCACAGUCAUAUGUUACAUGUACAUGUGUGUUAUAUGGUUCGGUGCUGAUCUGUGUGUGGAGCGAGAAGGGGCAACCAGGGUCCGGUUUCACGAAAUCUUAACUAAAGAUAAAAUCCAAAUUUUAGUAGAUACUUCAAUUCUGAUUGGCUAAGCACUACAAUCAGUCUAAUAUUAUCCAAUCAAAUUACUAAAAUUUGGAUUUUAUUUUAGCUAAAAUUUCGUGAAACAGGCACCAAGACUGAAUUAAAACAUUGUGAGCUACAGAAUCAGUCAUAUGUUAUAUGGUUUAUUGCUGAUCUGUGGAGUGAGAGUGGGCCUGGUAUAUUAACUACCCACAGGCUGUCCUUGUAUACUUAACAUGGUUGUUUUUGCUGUAGUUUAUCUAUUUCAAAUAUACAUGUUUAUUUACAAUGUAUACAAAUUAUACUGAACUAUUUUUAAAUAGAAAUGAAAUAAAAUGGGGUUUAACGUCCUACUGUUCUGCUCCUAAACUGGGCUAAUGAAGACGGGCAUACGCCAUACAGUGUUUAUCUUGAGCAUGUUCAAAACAAACGCCAAGAUUCUGUGAUCUGACCUGGAAAGCUACGAGAACUUUUUUUGGACAUUUUCUCGCGUUGUGUUAACGUUUGCCGGCGACCUUGUGCAUUUUCUGGUCCCCGUACGGUCGCAGCAGCGCAGUAAGAACGCCACCCUGGUCUAACGGGGAUGGGGGCAUAACUAGUGCAACAUGGGUUGAAACACAUGUAUAAUAUACGUAAAAUUAGAAAAUAAAUUAAUAAUUCAUGUAUAAACUA